GCACUGAUGGGAACCGCAAACCAAAGCACUGCAAAGAUGAAAACAAACUUUGUGCCCAGGGUGAAUCAGCUCGACUCCAUACAGCUCGACAAUGAGAUAACAAACCUUCUGCGGCAGCAGAUACAAAACGUUCUGCAGGUCCUACCGCCCGGUUUAUUAAGCCACCUGCAGCCGGAGAUCAAUUUUGUGUUAAAUUCGGCACUGUGGAACUAUUCGAUUCGCACUUCAUACGCUACCUUUGGACAGCAGAUGCUCUCAAUUACCUACGAGAAGGAUCAACUACCGGUGGAAAAGUUAGCAUUCCAUUACUUUCUAACUACAGCCUUACCAUACGCCAAAGAAAUCUGCCAGUAUCGUUUAACCAGCUGGUCACGGCUGCAAAAGCUGGUACAACUGGCAGAGAAUGCUCUGGUUCUGUUUAAUCUGGUGAACUUUUUUAAAUUUCUACGAUCGGGUACAAGACCCUCGCUGGUGGACUGUCUGUUGCGUAUCAACCAUCGGUCGUUGGAUGGAGCAAAGCGUAGGAAUAUCGGUUACUCGUAUAUGACGCGCGAGUUGGUUUGGGCUGGCUUUAUGGAGCUGCUCGGAUUCACCAUUCCCUUCGUAAACUAUCAUGCAUUGAAGCGAAAAAUUAGAAAUUUGUUACGGCUCGAAACGGCACAUCGGCAAGACGAACGGGUUGAACUGAACACGGAGACAAAAUGUGCGUACUGCAAUGAACGAGUAAUUCUUCCACAUCACAUGGGCUGCAGGCAUGUGUUUUGUUACCUGUGCUUAAAGGGUAACCAGCUAGCUGAUGCUGGAUUCCAGUGCAAUGUGUGUGAUUAUCGAAGUGACACAUUUAGGAAGGUUGUAGUUUUGUAA